UCGAAUAUUUUGAGAACGAAUCUUGCUAGACGAAGGGGAGUAACUCUGCUGUAGUUUGGUGGGCCAAUUUGUCAGAAAUUUGUUUAUCUGUUAUUCGUCAAAAUGUUGUCAAAGCUACUGUUAAAUAGCAAGAGAACACAUUCAAAGCAGGUGUUGAGAGGACUGACACAACUUUCAGGUCUAAAUGAUGUAGUUAUAGCAAGUGCAGUGCGUACUCCAGUAGGAUCCUUCCUGGGAAGUCUUGCUCCACUUCCUGCUACAAAACUUGGCUCCAUCGCCAUACAGGGUGCUAUUGAAAAAGCCGGAAUUCCUAAAGAUGCGGUACAGGAGGUUUAUAUGGGCAACGUGUUACAGGGUAUGGAGGGGCAGGCCCCUUGUAGACAGGCAACACUUGGGGCAGGGUUACCAAUAACAACACCAACUACAGCGAUCAACAAGGUGUGUGCAUCUGGUAUGAAAUCUGUCAUGAUGGCAGCUCAGAGCAUCAUGUGUGGUAGUCAGGAAGUGAUGGUUGCCGGGGGUAUGGAGAGUAUGUCCAAUGCACCAUACUACAUGAAGAGAGGACAAACACCAUACGGAAAAGUUGAGCUUCUUGAUGCAGUGGUGUUUGAUGGUCUUACAGAUGCAUAUGGAAAAUUUCAUAUGGGUAUAUGUGGUGAGACUACAGCCAAAAAAUUCAACAUUGGUCGUGAAGCACAAGACGCAUAUGCUAUAAGGAGUUACAAACUUACGAGUGAAUCAUCCGAGGCAGGAAUCUUCAAAAAUGAGAUAGUUCCGGUACAGAUCCCUCAGAAAAAGGGUGACCCAGUCACUGUAUCAGAAGAUGAGGAGUACAAAAAGGUCAAUUUUGACAAGGUGCCUUCACUCAAGGCUGUUUUUCAAAAGGAUGGGACCAUAACAGCAGCAAAUGCCAGUACUUUAAAUGAUGGUGCCGGUGCCAUAGUUCUCAUGUCUGCUAAAGCUGCUGAGAGACACGGAGUUAAACCACUGGCCAGGAUUCUUGGGUUUGCUGAUGCAGCUAUUGAACCAAUAGAUUUUCCUACAGCCCCAGCACAUGCUAUACCAAAGGUGAGUUAAUUCUGUAAAUGUGAGGAAGCCAUCCAGCUUACUGGCUUGUGGAACAUAGGUGGCCGCCCAUGCCUGAAACAAUAA